UAUUUCAAUCUGUAAAAAUAUAGCCCUUCAUUACUGCUCCAGCUUUCAUAAGUUUUUGUCGGUUUGUUUCUAGAUGGCAAGCACUUCACGUGCCAACCCCCCAAAGAGGAGGCGUGAGGAGGAAGAGGAUGCCCCUAGACCUCCCAAGAGAAGAUGUGUUGUAAAUGAACAUCCACAGGCCCCUCUCCGAAAAUCGGAGAGGAUUCGACAACAAAAUUUGGAGAUUGAAAGAGCAGAAGAAGAGCUUCAGAGACUUGAACUGCAGCAUCAGGAACGCCAGAGACAGAGACAGAGAAGGCAACCAAUGAGGAGACUAGCAGAGAUGGAGGUUGAUCGUGAACCUCCAGUCCUCCCACCACCACCCCCCGUUGAUAUUGUUAGUAAUGUGAUGUGGGGCCGGCUGGGGAAGCAGCCCUACUGGCCUGCAAUGGUGGCCGUCGAUGAGGAUGGCCUAUACUUCAAACAGCAACUGACUGAAAAUGGAGUCCUUAGGCGGCAAUUUUACGUCGAAUGGUUGGCCGACGGGCGGCGGUCAUGGGUGGGGGCCACUUAUUUGACCCCAUUCGAGCGCCCGGAAAAUCCCACCCCUGAGGGUCUCAGGAACACCCUUAGGGAGUGGGUCCUAAAUCAUAGAAAAUCUAAGGAAUCAGUGAAAGUGCUUCAAAUUCCCCGCAGACUGCAGGGGAAAGUUAAAGCAGCGAUCGAGGAAGCACUGGAGUUGCAGGACAACUUCCAUUAAAUAAAUAAAAAGAGACAAAGGCUCGGGGGUUAAAGAAAAAUGUAAGGAGUUACUCAGCAGAGGAGGGCAGUGUCUGUAGGGUGAGUGACAAACAUCAAUUCAUUUCAUUUUAAUUGUUUAUUCAAUCCAUACUCAAAAUUAAAUUACUUCUGCUUA